AUGGGUGCUGCCUACUCCCAUUGCCUCCAAGGGGAGGACCAUGUCGGAGAGGCAACGCAUAUGCUCAGCUAUUCGUGGGCUUAUUCGAUUGGGGAUAUUGUGGAUACCCUUUCUGAUUUUUGCCACCAGAACAACCUCGAUCCCAAGAGAACCUAUAUCUGGAUCUGCUGCCUCUGUGUCAAUCAACACAGGGUUGUGGAAAAUUCUACUCAGCAGAAAUCAGGAAUGAUCGCACCUUCUGCCAAGGUGGACUUCUUUGCCAUCUUUGGAGAGCGAGUCAAGAAAAUUGGUCAUUUGCUGGCCAUGAUGGCUCCAUGGAAUGCACCUGUCUACAUUACUCGAGUCUGGUGCAUUUUUGAGAUCUUUACCGCUCACGGCACAGAUGGGUGCAAGAUGGAUAUUGUCAUGCCACCCAAGGAGAAGGAAUCUCUAGAGGAGGAUGUUGUUGAUGAUGGAGAAGGCAUAUAUGCUCUCUAUGAGACACUCGGCAACACCAAAGUUGAAAAUGCCCAGGCAUCUGUGGAAAGCGACAGGCUGGCUAUUCUUGGUGAAGUAGAAUCGGAUGUUGGAUACUCUGUGCUCAACAAUCUAGUCAAUGACUUGUUGCGUGGAUGGAUGCAACGUGUCCUCACUCAGUUGGUGGAGACCAGAGAGAACACCAACAAUGAAGACUAUGUAGAUUUUUGCAACGAAAUUGGCGAUAUUCUUAACCACAAUGGAGAACAUGGUGCAGCCAUGAAACUCCACCAGACUGCUCUGACAAUUUGUGAGACUGUCCUGGGCAAGAAUCAUGAAGAAACAUUAACCACCAACCAAAACAUUGGCUCUGUCCUGCAGAAGAUGGCCUUGGGCAAGAAUCAUCCAUCAGUGGCAACCACUUACUGCAACAUUGUUGGUGUUCUGGAUGAUAUGGGUGACUAUGAAGGAGCUAUAUCAAGAUUUGAGGAAGCUCUUGCCAUUGGAUCGCCAGUGUGGGGCAAGGAUAAUAUUUUUGUGAUGAAGAUGUACAACAAUAUUGGGAAUGUUCUGCAGGAGAUGGGUGAGUAUGAAGGUGCUUUGGAAAAGUUUGAGGAAGCUCUUGCCAUUGGGUUGAGAGUAUUGGGCAAGGAUCAUAUGACUGUGGUGACCAUGUACAACAAUAUUGGGCUUGUUCUGCAGGAGAUGGGUGACUAUGAAGGUGCUCUGUCAAAACAAAAGGAAGCUCUUGCCAUUUUUGUGUCUGUACUCGGCAAGAAUCAUCCUGAUGUGGCGGCCAUCCACAACAAUAUUGGUUCUGUCCUGUAUGUUAUGGCUGACUUUGAAGGUGCUUUGGUAAAGUUUGAGGAAGCUCUUGCCAUUGAAUUGCCAGCAUUGGGAGAUAAUCAUCCUGAUAGUGCCUUGCCAUUCGGGAGCCAGCGUUUGGACUAG